AUGCCAGCUAUGUCCAGUGGAAUGCAGGAUGAACAGUUUGAAGGAGCAACAGUUAUUGAGCCAAUUAAAGGUUAUUAUGCAGAUCCUAUAGGUACAUUAGAUUUUACUUCUCUAUAUCCAAGUAUCAUGAUGGCUCACAACCUAUGCUAUACUACUUUGUUAAAUCAAAAAACCAUACAAACUUUAAAUUUAUUUGAAAGUAAUUAUAAAAAAACUCCAUCUGGAAGUUACUUUUUAUCUAAUUUGAAACGCAAAGGUCUUUUGCCUGAAAUUUUAGAAAACUUGCUAUCAGCUCGUAAAAAAGCCAAAGCAGAUUUGAAAUCAGAGACUGAUCCUUUUAAACAAAAAGUGUUGGAUGGAAGACAAUUAGCAUUAAAAAUAAGUGCUAAUUCUGUUUAUGGUUUUACUGGUGCACAGGUAGGAAAGCUACCGUGUUUGGAAAUUUAA